ACGUGUCUGACAUGCGCAGACGCUAUGUGCUACGAUGAUAUGACGUAGUCGCGCGCAAUUUAGGGCUACGUACGUUGUGGCGGUUUUUAGCAUUUGGUGGCAUAUUGCUGAAUUUUACAGAUGUACAAUCAAAUUUGGUAGCAUAACUGCCUUUCACCUGCCUUUGCGAAGUUUUGAAAUGCUUCGCAGCAGCACAGACGACGUAGCAACCGCCGGUGACACCUCAGAAUGGGGACAAACCUGCGGGGUGUCCCCAAUGGACAGAUGUGGACCGAACGAAACGACCUCGUACGGUCCCGCAUCGUCUUCAUCAUCCCACCUGAGUGUAGACCGAAGCAGUACGAGCUCCAGCCAUGGUCCAUCAUUCACCCGAAUGGCCUCAGGUCAAGUCCAUGACAGCCUCCAGUUAGGCAGGAUAAAUUCAUCACUCCUUACAUCCACCUCGGACACCUCUCCCAUCCGCAGCCAUGGCGGAACACCGAGAUUCAGGAGGACCCUGGGGUAUGCUGGUGUGACUUGCCCACACCCUGCGCGGACACCACUGACUGACCAAACCGCAACAACAUGCUCCUCUGCCACCACAACCUCUGGUGCCUCUGUGAUUGUAGCACUGGUUGAAGGGCGCGGUUUGGCCAGGGGAGAGAUUGGUAUGGCCAGCCUCAACUUGAAAUAUCCAGAGCUUGUACUUUCUCAGUUUGCAGACACUGGGGCAUAUGCCAAGGUCAUAACCAAGAUUCACAUCUUGGUACCACUGGAAAUACUUAUGCCAGACACUGCCAGUGAGAAGGGGAAAGGGACAAAACUGUUCAACCUCAUCACAGAGAACUUCUCGAGAGUAGCUUUCACUGCUAUUCAAAGGAAGUAUUUUAAUGAAAGGAAAGGACUGGAGUACAUUCAACAGCUGUGCGCUCCAGAAUUUGGCACCGUUCUCAUGGAAGUGCAAGCUAAGUAUUAUUGCCUAGCAGCAGCAGCUGCUUUGCUGAAAUAUUUAGAGUUCAUCCAGAACUCUGUCUAUGCUGCCAAGUCUCUCAAAGUGAGCUUUAAAGGGAGUGAACAAACAGCAAUGAUUGACUCAGCAUCUGCUUCUAACUUGGAGUUGGUCAUCAAUAAUAGAGACCACAGGAGCGAACAUAGUCUUUUAGGGGUACUUAACCACACUAAAACACCUGGUGGUGCUAGAAGGUUGCGCUCCAAUAUUUUGGAGCCUCUGAUUGAUGUGGACACCAUCAACAUACGCUUGGACACCAUACAAGAACUGUUGCAGGAUGAGGAGCUCUUCUUUGGCCUGAAAAAUGCCAUAGGUCAUUUCCUUGACACUGACCAGCUGCUCUCUGUUCUUGUCCAAAUCCCAAAGCAGGAAACUGUUCAGGUUGCUGAAGCAAAAAUUACACAUGUAAUUCAGCUGAAACAUACGCUGGAUCUGGUACCACGUCUGAGGAUGGUGUUAAAGAACUGCAACACAGCUCUGCUCAAGGCAUACAGCACCUCACUGGAAGACAACAGGUUUGAUAUGAUCCUAGAGCAGAUCAAGACAGUAAUUAAUAUUGACACCACCUACUUGAAGGGAAGCCUGAACAUGCGAACCCAGAAAUGUUAUGCUGUCCGUCCCAAUAUCAAUGAGUUCCUGGACAUUGCACGCAGAGCCUACACUGAGAUAGUUGACGACAUUGCAGGGCUAGUGAACCAGAUGGGAGAGAAAUAUGGUUUGCCAAUGCGCACCAGCUUCAGUACAGCUCGAGGUUUCUUCAUCCAGAUGAAGCUUGAUGGACUGGUCUUGCCUGAAGGGAAGCUGCCCUCUGAGUUUAUCAAGACAACAAAGUACAAGAACAACUAUAGCUUCACUACCACGGACCUGAUGAAGAUGAAUGACCGCUGUGAUGAGGCCCUGAGGGAGAUCUUUCACAUGUCCUAUGUGGUGAUAAGUCAACUGUUGGGCACUAUCCAUGAGCACAUCCACUGCCUUUAUAAGCUCUCUGAUGCUGUAUCCAUGCUGGACAUGUUGCUGUCACUGGCCAAUGCAUGCACCAUCUCAGACUACGUGCGACCAGAGUUCACAGACACUUUGGCCAUCAAGCAGGGUCGUCACCCCAUUCUGGAGCGAAUGGCUGGACAGCAGCCAGUAUCGAAUAACAGCUACAUUUCUGAAGGCAGCAAUUUUGUCGUCAUCACCGGACCCAACAUGAGUGGCAAAUCCACCUACCUCAAACAGGUGGCUCUAUGCCAGAUAAUGGCUCAGAUAGGCUCUUAUGUCCCGGCUGAGUACGCUUCAUUCCGUGUUGCUGAUCAGAUUUUCACUAGAAUUGGUGUGGAUGAUGAUUUUGAAACUAACUCUUCCACCUUCAUGUUGGAAAUGAAGGAGAUCUCUUAUAUAAUCCACAACAUAAGUGACAGGUCCCUGAUCAUCAUUGAUGAGCUGGGUCGAGGUACCAGUGCUGAGGAGGGCAUCGGCAUCUGUCACUCCGUUUGUGAAUUCCUUCUUAGUCUCAAGGCUUUCACUCUGUUUGCCACACACUUUCUUGAGCUGUGCCAGCUAGAGUUUCUUUAUCCCAAUGUGGAGAACCAGCACAUGGAGGUUCAGCACACACGCAGCGGUGACACCGGUGCUGAGACCGUGGUGUAUACCUACAUGCUGAAACGAGGAUGUUCUGAGGAAAGACACUAUGGUCUGAAAGCAGCAGAAAUGACUGCACUUCCUUCGAACAUAAUCCAAGAGGCAAAGACAAUUGCCUCCAAAGUUAGACAGCAGUUUUUGGCCAAACAUCAUAGUGAUCCAGAAACAAAGAGGCAAAGAGCUGUGUACCACCUGGCUACUCGCCUCCUGCAGGCUGCCAGGAGCUCCAGACUGGACCCUGACAGCUUGCGUAUGUAUCUGAAAAGCCUGAAGAAGCAGUAUGAGGCAGAGCUGCAGGCAGCAGGGCAGCCAGCGUCCAUUGACACAGAGGAGGAAUGACUGACUCAGCCUUACAGUGGGGAGGGGCAGUGAUGCACUGAUCAGCGUCUGAUAAUCAUUCCUGAGCAGACUGUUUAUAGGUUAGCUUAUUUGAUAUUUAUUUAUUUGAAUUCCAGUGUUCAUAAAUUUCUUUUUGACCACACUGAUAAAAACAACAUAAUAUGAAAUGUUAAUUUUGGAAAUGUCAUGUAAAAUACUGUAGCAAGAUGUGUAAAACCCCUUAAGAAAGACUGUCCGUAUACUGUAAGAAAUGAAAAUAAAAAAUGUGGUUAGCUGAAUAGAAA